UGUCUUCCAGUCCAUGGCGUUCUCUAGCCUCGAUCUCGAGCCCGUGGCGGAGAAAACGAGGUCUGAUGUUCCGCCACCAGUCAGUGCCGCCUUGGUCUCGGGAGCCACGCGGACUACUUUCAGAUAGGCUCCUCGGUAAAGCCGCACUCGAUUGAGCUGGCCUGUUUCCACAGUCGAGGAGGCGGGUUUGCCGCGGCCUCAGCAAGGCCACAGCCAGAUCUUCCUGCGCACGCGCACUAGACAACCGAUGGAGCCACAGAUGGAGCCGUCCGGAGGGGAGCAAGAGCCCAGAGCCGUCAGGCUCCUGGACCUGCCCUGGGAAGACGUGCUGCUCCCGCACGUCUUGAGCCGCGUCCCGCUGCGCCAGCUGCUCCGGCUGCAACGCGUCAGCCGGGCUUUCCGGGCGCUGGUGCAGCUGCACCUGGCCGGGCUGCGCCGCUUCGACGCGGCUCAGGUGGGGCCGCAGCUCCCGCGGGCCGCGCUGGCCUGGCUGCUGCGGGACGCCGAGGGGCUGCAGGAACUGGCGCUGGCGCCGUGUCACGAGUGGCUGGCGGACGAGGACCUGCUGCCGGUGCUGGCGCGGAACCCGCAGCUGCGGAGCGUGGCGCUGGCGGGCUGCGGGCAGCUGAGCCGCCGCGCGCUGGGGGCGCUGGCCCAGGGCUGCCCCCGCCUGCAGCGCCUGUCGCUCGCGCACUGCGACUGGGUGGACGGGCUGGCGCUGCGCGGCCUCGCCGACCGCUGCCCGGCGCUGGAGCAGCUGGACCUCACCGCCUGCCGCCAGCUCAAGGAUGAGGCCAUUGUGGACCUGGCCAGGAGGCGCGGGGCCGGCCUCCGCAGCCUUUCGCUGGCCGUCAACGCCAACGUGGGCGACGCCGCGGUCCAGGAGCUGGCUCGGAACUGCCCGCGGCUCCAGCACCUCGACCUGACCGGCUGCCUCCGCGUGGGGAGCGACGGCAUCAGGUGCGGGGUGCGGGCUGCAGGGCCGGGUCGGGCAGAGAUGACGCAGGGGGCAGUAGUAGGGUCACUGGAUCGUCCUGCUGGCAUGGCACCUCCACUCUUAAUAGGACACUGGCUGAGUACUGCCCAGCGCUGCGCUCUCUGCGGGUGCGGCACUGCCACCAUGUGGCCGAGCCCAGCCUGAGUCGCUUGCGGAAGCGUGGUGUAGACAUCGAUGUGGAGCCACCAACGCACCAGGCCCUGGUUUUGCUGCAGGACAUGGCGGGCUUCGCACCCUUUGUCAACUUGCAGGUUUGAGCAGCUCUCUGAUGGGCACAGCUGGACUGUGUGGAAACUGAACUGUGGGGGCCUCUGGUGCGAGGCCCAUGCCCUGCCCACCGUGGAGCUCUAAAUAAAGAGCUUUUUACCC